GCUGGGCGUUUCAGGAGACGUCAAGGCCCCGCCCACUUGCGCUUUGUUUCCAUGGAAACGGUAACAACCACCGAGUGUGAGUGGAGCGUUUGCCGUAAGGAAAACUAGCGUUAACUUUGAAGGUAUUCCGCCAAUAAAAGAGAAAGUCCAGGAAAGGUGAAAUGGAUGAAGAUGACAGGGAAAGUCCGUGUGGUGCGUUGUCAGACAGCUGUGGACUACCAGGUCUCCACCUGUCCACCCUGGGGGACAGUGAGGAUGAAGGUCUAAACCAGGAAACUGUUAUAGACGAGGAGCCAACUUUUUCACCUUAUCUGGAGUGGUUAGAAGAAUUAGAGAAGCAGGAUGAUGGUGAUGGUGACCUUGCAGUUGCAGCGGAUAAAGGUAAAAAGCCGAGCUACUCCGAGACAUCACGGAGGAUCAAGCUGGGACAAAACCUGGACCAGCUGGACCACUUUCACCGACAGAAGGAGCAUGACGUGCUUAAAGCCAGAGAAAAUCUAAAUCUUUGUCGUCAGAAUAUUGAGAGUUUGAUGGCACAGAGGGAUAACGCAGAGAAAGAGAUAGAUCAACAAAAAGCAGCAGACAACAGUGUUGCUGUGUUUCGUUUGCGAGCCAAGCAUAGACAGCUGUGUCAACAACUGCAGGUAGAGGAGGAUCUGGAAGGUCACAUCAUCACUGAGCUGAAGCAACAAGAAUUGGAGCUGAAUAAGGUGGAGGUGGAGAUUGGCAGGUUCUCCUCACUCCGGCAGGAGCUGGAGGAGGAGGGGCAGGCUUUCCAGGUCCUUAAGGCCCAGAAGGCAGCGACAAGGUUGCAGCAGGAGAGGAAAGCCAGCAAGAGACUGCAGCUUAGAAUGCAGCAUCUAAAGGAUAAUCAGACAAGCAUGGCUGAAAACAAGGAGUCUGAAGAUCAGAAGAAACUUGAACAGAGCCAGGCAAACCGCAAGGUAGCUGUCAGAUACUUAAAGGAGACCAUGAAAAGGAUGCAACAGCAAGAGGCUGAGAAGGAGCAGCAGACCAGGGAGUUACUGGAAAAGAGGAUGCAGGCGAUCAAGUCACUGAAAUCUAACAUAGAAGCCACACAGGAGAGCUUACGGGUUCGACAAAGCAGAGUGAACGCAAAUGCCCAGAAGACAAAACAGCAACAGAGUGAGAUGAGACAAUCUCUGCAGGCUCAAGGCAUCAACAGUACCAAGCACAUGUACCAACAGAAACAACUAGAGAGGCUAAAGCAACAACAGGCGGAAUUUGAGGAGAAGCAAAAGUCAAACAGGGUGGCGAUUGUGGCAAAGAUUCUUCAGGAGGAGCAGCUGUUAAAGACCAGAAAGAGUCAGCAGGUACUGCUGCCUAAGCCCCCCGUCACUGACAAGUUCCUUUCUUUGGAGAGGGCGAGAGAGAAGCUCUGGCACUCCCUGAACCCCAGCCCACCAUCAUUCACAGAGGAGAGGAUAAUUCAAUAUAGAGAGUUUAGUGACAUCAGCGCCACAUCAUCAACUUCCUUUGACAUCGAGGACCUGGAGGAAGCCACGCUCCAGGAAGUGGACCACCAAAGCUUUCCUGACAGUCUUGCUGAGCCUGAGUUUUCUGGGCUUUGGGAGCAGAACUCCAAGAAGCUCUUGGAUGAGAGGAAUACAUUAAACCUGAGAGGCAUAAAUCAGGAAGAGCCUGCAGUGCAGAGUGGAAAGAUCCACAAGUCUACUAAGAAAGCUCAUGGAACAGAGUUGGCGGGGGCUCCGUUCAUCAGCAAGCCUGGUGUCAUCCUGUUUAAGGACUUUGAAGUGGGCAAAAUGUAUAAGAAGAAAAUCGUCCUGACGAACACCAGCCACGUGACUAACUACUGCAAGCUGCUCGGGCUGUCUGCGCAGCUGAAGGAUUUUAUUUCUAUCAAAUUCAAGCCUCUUGGGUCUUUAGCUACUGGCAUGUCAUGUGAUCUACAGGCUGUUUUCCAGCCCAUGAUCAAUGAGGAUUUGGAAGGAGAAAUUCAGUUUGCAUCAGCAGUGGGUCCUUUCUCUGUGCCUGUCAGAUGCACCACAAUGAAAUGUGAGCUGCAGGUUGACAGUCAGUUCAUUGAUUUUGGUUCGCACGUGGUUGGCCAGACAAUUUCACGGACGAUCACCUUGACCAACAAAGGCGCACUGGCCACGCUCUUCAGCCUGGACACCUCAACGCGCCUCAGUCCAGAAACUAGCCAUGUCCAGAUGCCAUCCCAGAUCUCUGCUAACACAUGCCAGAAAACAAAGAGCCAAAGCACAAAUUCUGACUAUAAGAGCUCUGCAUCCGUGAAUGUUGGAGAUCUCCAACCAGAACAAGAGACUCAGCCGCUCUCUGAAGAGUUAGAGCACCAGCAGCCAGUGUCAGAGGCUUCAGCUGCAGACCCAGGAGCUAUUACUGAUGGUUGUACGCUCAUUAAUGUUGAUGCCCAGGUAGACGAGAGCUCCUCAGACUCCAAUGACCUCACUCUAGGAAAUGUGAGAGAGGGGGAGAUAGGACCUUUCCAGAGCAUCAACCUAGAGGUUUUUUUCACUCCAACUAUUCCAGGAGAAGCCAGACUGACUUUCCAAAUCAAGUGCUCCAACAUAUCCAGCAAACCAAUACUCAUCCAGGUUAGGGGUGUUGCAGUCAGCAUUCCUGUGUGGGUCGUUCAGCCCAACAUUGACUUGAAGAUCUGCAUGUUUGACUUUGUAUAUCAAGACGUUAUCACAAUGCAAAGCAGAGCCAGCACAGCUCUGAGGCUGACUUUUGAGGUGUGUCCAGAAAUGAGAAAACACAUGGAGGUCCUGCCCAAGACCGGCUUCAUCCAGGCUGGAUCCAGCUUUAAAGCCCAACUCAAGUUCUCGCCGAGACACUCCUUAUCCAAAGAUGCCAAGAGGUUCUUCGACAGUGAUACUGGCGUCCUGGAGUUCCCAAUGACAGUGCACGUGGCGGGCCAGGUGCAGCCUGUCCACUUCACAGUUCAUGCAGUUGUGACCUCCUCCGAUAUGCAGUUUGACCCGACUGAUGUGGAUUUUGGCUACUGCUCCAUUUACCAGUCAGUCAAGAGCACCGUUCGCCUUACCAACCUGUCCCUGCUGCCUCAGGACUUUGGCUUCUUGGGUGUUCCAGAGUUCAUUGAAGUCCAGCCUAAUGAUGGUUUUGGUACACUGCUCCCAAAGGAAAGUCUGGAGAUUGACCUGAUUUUUAGUGCCAACAAGGCCAAAAAGUACAGUUUCCAACUAUGCUGCAAGUCUGGAAUAAACAGAGAUCUCCUCCUGUCCUGCCGAGCAGUGGGUGUCCGACCUCCACUGAAACUCUCACAUUCCUUGAUCCAGUUUGGGGGCACGGCAGUGGGAGACAAAUGCACUGCUAUACUUCACCUGAUCAAUCAAGAAACUCAGUGUAACCAUUUUAAACAAGCAGUUCCUCCAGUGGGCAAGGAUGCCAUGACACCCAGACUGUUCUCCUUCGCGCCACCAGAGGGUUCUGACAUCAGCAUUGCUCCCUCCGCUGGACGCCUCCUUCCUGGAGAGAGAUGUGUGGUUCAAGUGAUGUUUAGACCCAGACUGUUAGAGCAGGAGAUCAAAGAAGAGGCUAUGCGCCUCCUACACCAAGCCUGUGAGAAGGAGGUGGAGAGGAAUGGACACACUGAGCAAGAGACUGAAAUAGAGAUUCCACUGAAGUCCAGCAAGAAAAAGGCCUCUAUGAACCAAAAGGAUGCCCACUUGUCAGACGACUCAAAGACAGACAAACUCCCUGAAUCACCACAUCCUGACAGCAUACUCCCGGGGUCAGAAGCGUAUGAGAAGGCCAGAGCUUCUCUGCUGUACUCCUUCAGCCAACGAUACAGCGAGUACGUCGUUCCCUGCUUCAUAUCAGAUGGAGACCCUCCAGAGAAUGACAGACAAGCUCAGCCACUGUGGAGCCCCUCCAAUACUCUGUAUCUGAAGCUGCAGUGUCUUGCGGUGCAGCCUCCCCUAGUGGUGCUAUCCAAUAAUGGACGCAGUGUCAUAGACUUCCAGCAGGUGGUUGUAGGCAUGAAAAUUGUUCGAAAAUGCACAAUUCAAAACAUUUCAAGGGAGUCUUUGGAUCUGAGCUCAUCAGUGCUGAACAUGAAUGGCCCCUUUUCACUACUUAAUGCUUUAAGAUGCAUAAGACCUGGAGAAAAGCACACUCUUGUGCUGUCCUUCAGUCCAAGUCAGGAUAAAAAGUACCGUGAGACUCUGGAGGUGUGUAGCAAGAAAAUGACCCUGGCGUUGACUCUGCGUGGUGAAGGCGUGAUGCCUGCUGUCACCUUGUCUCCUCCUGGAGGCGUCCUUGACUUUGGCUAUGUGUUAAAGAAUGAGAGUGUCUCACAGGUCCUGAAGUUGCAGAACAAUUCAGUUGUGUCAGUGGAUUUUAAGGUGCUGUUGGCCAGUCUCUGUGCCCCCACGCCUCAGGAUGAAGCUGACCGUGUGACCCUCCUGCUGGGCGGCUACAUAGACUCUAAGGUUCAGACUACUGUAGGAACCCAGAACUACAGUGGGCUAUGUGUGUUCAGUGUGAUGCCAAUAGAGGGCAGCAUUCCUCCAGGACAGAGCCAGGACAUUACUGUCACCUUUCAGCCUGAUCACCCUUCAGUCAAUUAUUCUGACAGACUCACAGUAGAACUCAUAAAUAAGAAUAAAGUGUUUGAGGUGAAUGUGAAGGGUGCAGUCCCUUUGCAUAGCAUGUAUCUGUAUGGAGGAGACAUACUGACGGUGCCCAUUGAAUCGCUCCUGCCUUCACUGAUGACCAGUCAAGCUCAGCUAACAGAGACGGAGGCCAUGGGGAAGCCCAGCAUCCCUGUACUGGUGACUCUGCAGGCUUGUUAUAGCGGUGGUGCCAUCAGACCGGCAGUGAGGGAGCUGCAUGUUGGCUGCAUUCGGUCCACACUGGCCGGUAAAAAGGGUGGUGAGUUUUACUGGGACAGUGGGGUGCCCAUACAUCUACAGGGCUUCAAUGUGGAGCCUACCAAAGGCAUGAUAGAGGCAGGCGAGAAAUGCACCAUAACUAUCACAUGGACACCCCAGAGGGGAUACAAGCCAUGUGAGGUGGUGGAGGCAUCUGUGCCUUUAACCUUGAAGGGGGACGAGGUGAAUGUUUACAGAGUCACCUUGACAGCUUUGGUCUCCAUCUCUGGCUGAUGAGCACAGCGCCUGGAUCACACACACGCACGCACACACACACACACUAAAAAAUCUGAAUAUUGUUCUUGAACCUAAAUGUGGGAAUGCUAAUUCUGACAUGUAAGCACAAUCAAUUGUUUCAACAAUUCACGUUUUGAAUGUGGAUAAAACAAAUUGUGUAAACAAACACUAAGGGGGAAAUAUGACUUUCUGAAGAAUUGUGAAUUCCUUAAAGGUACAGCAAAUAUGCAACUGUGUCAACCUGCUGUGACUCUUACUGAUGACCAAACUUCAGGUUAUCUGUUGCAUUUGUGCUGAGGUGAAACAGUGUGGAACAGACUAGAGAGCUCUGUUUUCCCAUUUGUUGUAAAUCUGGUGACGUAUUUGACUGCAUGAACAUAACUCUACCACCAGGGGGUGUGUGUUAUAGCAUGAAAGCAGCUGUGUCAUAUCAUCAUAAGGGUGUGUCAGCUAAUGUAACCCAGCAGAUGAAGUCCAUGUGAAGUCCAAUGAUGCACUGUAGCACUGCUGGUGCUGUAUAAAUAGAGUGAAUGAGUAAAGCGAUUUUCAAAUUAA